GGUCUCUCAUUUCCAUCAUGGAGAUCCAGCGGGCAGUGCGCACUUUCCUGCUUCUGCUCGCUCUUCUUUCCUCUGUUUGCUGGUGCCGAAAUGAAGAGGAGCGUCUCAUUAACUACCUGUUUAAAGAAAAGGGAUACAACAAGGAGCUCCGUCCAGUGGAGAGACAACAGGACGCAGUGGACGUGUACCUCGCACUCACACUCUCCAACCUCAUCUCUCUGAAAGAAGUUGAUGAGACCUUAUUGACCAAUGUAUGGAUUGAUCAUUCAUGGACAGACUACAGAUUGUCUUGGAAUGUGUCAGAGUUUGAUGGGAUUGACAUGCUGCGUCUGCCGUCCAACAUGGUGUGGCUGCCCGAGAUCGUCCUCGAGAACAAUAAUGACGCCCAGUUCCAGGUGGCCUAUUACUCAAAUGUGUUGGUCGAUCCCACUGGGUUUUGCUACUGGCUUCCUCCUGCCAUCUUUCGCUCAUCGUGCUCCAUCAAUGUCAACUAUUUCCCCUUUGACUGGCAAAACUGCUCUCUCAAAUUCACAUCUUUGACGUACAAUGCGAAAGAGAUCAGAAUGUUGUUGAAAGAAGAAGCUACUGAUGAUGGUAAAUAUACAGUGGAGUGGAUCGUCAUUGACCCUGCUGGAUGGACAGAAAACGGUGAAUGGGAGGUGAUCCAUCGUCCAGCGAAGAGAAACACAUACAAACACAUUCCUAUGGAGAGCAACAAGCACCAGGACAUCACCUUUUACCUGAUCAUCAAACGCAAACCUCUUUUCUACAUUGUCAACAUCAUCAUCCCCUGUGUCCUCAUCUCCUUCCUGGCGUCACUGGUCUACUACCUACCUGCAGACAGUGGAGAGAAGAUGACUCUGUCCAUCUCGGUGCUGCUGGCUCAGUCUGUGUUUCUGCUGCUGAUCUCACAGAGGCUCCCAGAGACGUCCAUGUCUGUGCCGCUCAUUGUCAAAUACCUGAUGUUCAUCAUGGUGCUGGUGACGGUGGUGGUGUUGAACUGUGUCGUCGUUCUUAAUCUGCAUUUCAGGACCCCCAGCACUCAUGUCAUGACCGCCUGGACCAAAUGGUUUUUCCUGGAGCGCCUCCCCCGGAUCCUGCGCAUGUCCAAACCGGAGGAGUCUGAGCCUUACUGGGACGGAGCGCUGCCUCGUCGCUCCAGUUCUGUGGGAUACAUCGCCAAAGCAGAGGAGUACUACAGCGUCAAGUCUCGCAGUGAGCUCAUGUUUGAGAAGCAAUCAGAGAGGCAUGGACUGAUGGCCCGCCCCACGCACGCUGCAGUGGUGGCACCUCCUGUGGACGGAGGAGAGACAGAGCAGCUUUAUGCAGAAAUCAAACCAGCUGUGGAUGGAGCCAACUACAUCAUCAAACACAUGCGCAACAAGAAUGACUACAACGAGGAGAAGGACAAUUGGAGUGGCAUUGCACGUACAGUGGACCGCCUCUGCCUCUUCCUCGUCACUCCGGUCAUGAUUCUGGGCACAAUUAUCAUCUUCCUCAUGGGACUGUGUAACCACCCUCCUCCCCUGCCUUUCAAAGGAGACCCCCACAACUACAAGGAGGAGAACCCACGCCUGCUGCUCUAACACACUCAAUAUACUAACAGUAAGCUCCUCAAAUGUCAACACCUAACGUCCUGACCCAAUGGAUGCCUGAAAUCUUUCAACUGUGAUUCAUGGGAAUUUUCUUUGACACUGGAACAAACCUCCUGAUAUUUUGUAAGAACAAGAAUGUGGAUUCCUGAUAGUACGUCAAAGUUAAAUUAAAUACAUCUUAUAUUAAAGGUCCUGCAUUACACAGAAUUGACUCUUGUGAGGUUUAAGCCAUGUUAUAAUGUUGUUCCCUUUUCAAAACCAUACCUGGAGUUGUGUUUUGUUUCAUUCACACAUGUUUGGGUAAAUUCUGCAUUAUUGUGACAACACCAACACUCAAAAUGCCCUGUUCCACCUUGUGAUGUCAUUAAGUAGUAGCUUCCAAGUGAUAACAGCUCCUUUUACCUUUAGUUGAGUAGAGAUUGGCAAUUCCAGGGCAGAAAUGAUCCAACUGACUUUAGUGAAGGUUUAUGGCAAAUGUAUCAAACUCAAGGCCCGGGGGCCAAAUGCGGCCCGCCAUGUCAUUUUAUGUGGUCCGCAACAAGGUAAAUUUAAAUGAAUGUCAUGUUAAAAUGUCAAUUUAACAGAAGUUAUGGAGUUACACAGACAUAUUUUUUUAAUCUUUGUAAAUUUGACACGGACCAUUUUGCUGAUGUGGCCCUCGGUGAAAUUGAGUUUGACACCCCUAUCGAGUUUAAAAACACAGUGGAGCACUUCCUGUAUGACAUCACAAAGUGGAGUGUUUUCCUCAGCCUAAAUCUGCAGGGUUUGUGUGUUAAACAUGUGUGAAUGAAACAAAACACAACUCCAGGUCUGUUUGUGAUGAGGAAACAGCAUUAAAACAGAAAAUAGACUUACUGUUGCAGAUGAAUCCCUCCACUUUAGGGAUGUAGAUCUGGACAAUAGAAAGUGACACUAGUUUUGUAUCUAGUGUAAGUUGACAAAUCCAAGUCAGGCAAAAAUCUUCUUAAAAAUAGUUACUCUAUUACAUGCAAAAGUUAAAAGUACAUCUCACAUAUCAAAAGAUUAAAAUCAUACAAAGAUGGCAAGCAUGGAAGUCAACAAAUACUUCACUUCAUGUUAUUUCACUGUUAUAUUAUUUUAAUAGAUCCAUGGCUUCACUGGAUUGCACCACCUGAGGAGCACAGAAAGGGCCCUCCCAAAUUUAGUCACCCACAACGCCCUCUACUGGUGACCCACACACAAGACACAUGGCUCCAACAACUACAACAUAGACAGAAUACACUUACUACACAGUUACAAAUAUAUAAUGAUAAAAACAGUUAUCUAUAAUGUCAAUAUUUUUACCAGUGACAGCAGAUAUUUGAUAGAUUUUGACAGCCUUGAUACAAUGUGCCAGUAAUAGCAGUAGGGGGCACUGUAGCAUUGUGUGGAAUUUAUUUCAUAUUAUAAUGUGACUAUCAAGUUUGCAUUGUGAAUAUAUUUUAUACAUAUUUUUGUUGUAGUAGAUGAUACUUUAUACUAACCCAAGUGGUACUUAUGGCAGUAUGUUUCUGUACUUUUUAAAUAUAAAGGCAUUAUUUAUUUGCUUUCUUUUAGCAGUAUUUG